AUGAUCAAUAAAGAGUCACAAUCUUCAGACCACCUUACAACAGCCUCACGCAGAGGGGUGAGGAUGGCAAAAGUGGCAACAGCUUUGGCCGCCGCCUUUAUGCUGGCCAGCAUAGCAGUCAUCAUAUCUAUAGCAGUUGUACAAACUCAUAAGAAGACUUAUAUAUCCCGUGGAUUAAAGUAUGGUAUUGUUUUGGAUGCAGGCUCCUCCAGGACCACUGUGUAUCUCUAUGAGUGGCCUGCCGAGAAAGAAAACAGCACUGGGGUUGUGAGUGAGACCACAAAGUGUCAGGUUGAAGGCCCUGGAAUUUCAGAUCUUGGUAAAAAUGGGGAUCAGGAUGAAAAGACAUUGAAAAGUUUAAAAGAUUGCAUAGCAAAGAUAACCGAGGUCAUUCCUUCCCAUCGGCAUAACUCGACCCCAGUCUUCCUUGGGGCAACAGCAGGGAUGAGGCUUCUACAUAUGAAAGAUGAGGAGACUUCCAACACUAUUCUGAAAUACAUCAGGAACUACCUUAGCUCUCUUCCUUUCAAUUUUCAAAAUGCUUCCAUUAUCUCUGGACAGGAAGAAGGCCUUUAUGGCUGGAUCACUGUCAACUACCUGAAGGGGAACUUUCUAGAGAAAAAUCUCUGGAAUGCCUGGGUACACCCUCAUGGGGCUGAGACAGUUGGCUCAUUGGAUUUGGGUGGAGCCUCCACCCAGAUUGCCUUUGCCACUUCUGAUGAUGCCAAAGGUGAAGACAUGAUUAAGGUUUCACUCUAUGGCUAUGAAUACAACAUCUAUACUCACAGUUUCCUCUGCUACGGGAAAAAUGAAGCUGAGAAGAGAGUUUUGGCCAAACUUGCAAAGGAAUCCACCAGCUGGGCUAAUUUGAAGCACCCCUGUUAUCCUUCUGGCUACAAUAUCUCCAUGCUUGCAGAGGAGGUUUUUGGCAGUGAAUGUACAAAGAAUGAUCUUCCAACGAAGUAUAGCCCAAAGCGAUAUAUUACUUUCUUUGGACAGAGUAACCCUGAACAGUGCAAAUUCUUGGUCAGGAGUAUCUUUGAACUGACAUCCUGCCAGGGAACUGAAAACUGUUCCUUUGAUGGAGUUUAUCAACCACCACUCAGUGGAGACUUCAUGGCUUAUGCAGGCUUCUACUGGACUGCCUGGGCUCUUAAAGUGGAGGGCUCCAAAAGUAUGGAGACAUUCAACACAAACAUGAAACUGUUAUGCUCAAAGGACUGGAAAACUCUCAAGACAUCCAUCAAAGACAUCAAAGACAUCCAUCUGAAGUCCUACUGCUACUCUGCAAAUUAUGUGCACAGCAUUCUUGCAGAUGGUUACAAGUUCAACACAGACAACUGGAAAAAUCUAAAUUUUCAGAAAGAGGUAAAUAAGACCAGUAUAGCCUGGUCCCUGGGCUACAUGCUUGCACUUUCCAACAUGAUCCCAGCCGAAGGGAAAAUCAUCAAGCUACCCAUAAACAACGUCCUCUUCACUGGGCUCCUCCUGCUGUUCUCUGCUUUGACAAUUAUCACCCUCACGUACCUCGUCAUUGCGCUGGUGCGCUUUUGUUAUUGA